AUGAGUACUGAGAACGAGAAUCCCGCCCAGCUGGAGCACGCCGGCUCUGCCGCUCCUGAUGUUACUGCUACCGCCAGCAAGGGCAAGGGGAAGGCAAAGGCUGUGGAGCCAGAGGAUGCGUUCAUGGGCCAGGAGGCUGAGGAUACUGAUUCUGAGGAGAGUGAGGCUGGAGAUGAUGAGGUUCUUGUUGAAGAUGACAUCGACGAAGAAGAGGAUCAUGAUGAUGAUAAGCUCGAGCCAAUCUCCGCCAGCAACAUCAUCGAAGGCGGUCGUCGCACUCGUGGCAAGAAGAUUGACUACGCCCAAGCUGCUGCGAAGGCUGAUGAGGACGAGACCAUGGAGGACGACGACGACGAAGAUUACUAUGCCCCGCCACGCGAGGACGCUGAGGAAAUGAGAUCUUAG